AUGCUGCCCAGCGAGGGCUUGUGUCUCUGGCUCUGCGUGUUCGUGCCUUUCUUUAAAGGCUGCGAAGGCUGCGCCGCCGAGGAGAGGCUCUUCCGCAGACUCUUCUCACGUUACAACCGGUUCAUCAGGCCCGUGGAGAACGUCUCCGACCCCGUCACGGUGCACUUUGAAGUGGCCAUCACGCAGCUGGCCGACGUGGAUGAAGUAAACCAGAUCAUGGAAACCAACUUGUGGCUGCGUCACAUUUGGAAUGAUUAUAAACUGCGCUGGGACCCAGUGGACUAUGAUGGCAUUGAGACGCUCCGUGUUCCCGCGGAGAAGAUUUGGAAGCCUGACAUUGUUCUCUAUAACAAUGCUGUUGGUGACUUCCAAGUCGAAGGCAAGACAAAAGCUCUUCUUAAAUACAAUGGCACGAUAACCUGGACCCCGCCAGCGAUUUUUAAGAGUUCCUGUCCUAUGGAUAUCACUUUUUUCCCUUUUGACCAUCAAAAUUGUUCCCUAAAAUUUGGUUCCUGGACAUAUGACAAAGCUGAAAUUGAUCUUCUAAUCAUUGGAUCUAAAGUGGAUAUGAAAGAUUUUUGGGAAAACAGUGAGUGGGAAAUAGUUGAUGCUUCUGGCUACAAGCAUGACAUAAAAUACAACUGUUGUGAAGAGAUAUACACAGACAUAACGUACUCUUUUUACCUUAGAAGACUGCCGAUGUUUUACACCGUUAACCUGAUCCUCCCCUGUCUAUUCAUUUCGUUUCUAACCGUGUUGGUCUUUUAUCUUCCUUCGGACUGCGGCGAAAAAGUGACACUUUGCAUUUCGGUCCUGCUUUCCCUGACGGUGUUUUUGCUGGUCAUCACAGAGACCAUCCCGUCCACGUCGCUCGUGGUCCCGCUGGUGGGCGAGUACCUGCUGUUCACCAUGAUCUUUGUCACCCUGUCCAUCGUGGUGACGGUGUUUGUGCUGAACAUACACUAUCGCACCCCGGCCACGCACACCAUGCCCAGCUGGGUGCAGACAGUUUUCCUCCGGCUGUUACCCCAGGUCCUGAUGAUGAGGAAGCCCCUGGCCAAGACCAGGGAGACAGGCUUGGGUACAAUGUCCAGAGGCAUUUCCAGGAGGCCUGCCAAGGUGAAGUUUGCCAGCCAUGGAGGACCCAAACUCCUCAAAGAAUGCUGCCACUGUCACAAAUCAAGUGAGCUGGCCACCAGCAGGAGAAGAUUAAGUCAUCAGCCUUUACGGUGGGUGGCUGAAAAUUCAGAGCACUCGCCUGAGGUUGAAGAUGUGGUUAAUAGUGUUCAAUUCAUAGCAGAAAACAUGAAGAACCACAACGAAACGAAGGAGGUGGAGGAUGCCUGGAAAUACGUGGCCACGGUGGCGGACAGAGCGCUGCUCUGGGUGUUCGUGGCCGUCUGCGUGUGCGGGACCGCGGGGCUCUUCAUGCAGCCGCUGCUUGGGAACACAGGAAAACCUUAAGCUGUACUUUCCUUUUCUGUCCAGACAUUUCCGGACGCCGUGUCUGUUCUGUGUUCCCUGCCACAGGAAAGGAGCACAAAGCUUCCACCUGAGGCCCCCGCCUAAACUGACAACUGGG